AUAGCCUUGUGCGAGAGGCUUCCCACACUACAGAUGAGAACAGGGCUUCUUCAGAGGAGGAGGGACAUCACUUGCCUAAGCACAAACAAGGAGGCUGGGAUACGGACCUCAUGGCUACUCUAAAUUCAUCCAUCCUGAUGACAUCCCAUCCUUCAAAUUUACUGGGUACUCUACCGAGCAUCUCACUCAGGGGUUACCUCAGCCUCUCUGUUAGCACUGUGCAGUAGGGAGUAGUAUUAGUAUUGUCGCUGGAGAAUGUGGUCAAUGGGAAAACUGAGGCCGAGAGGAUAAGUGCAUCAGCCACUGUGGGGUGGGAGUAGGAGCUAGCAUGGGCCACAUUGCUCUACUGUUUAUAGCUGCCCACAGGGAGUGCCACAUUUAUGCCAAAUGUAAUGUUGAGCUCCAGCAGGCAAAUUCAACUGACAUUUGUUUUCUCUUCUAGCUGCCAACAGGACAAGGGAUGAGCUGGGGUCAUUCUCUCCAAUGGCAUCUCCCCCUGGUCUGGAACUGAAGACACUGAGCAAUGGUCCCCAGGUUUCAAGGAGACCAGCUCCACUGGGCCCAGUGGUACCACCCAGGAUGGGUGUGGAGAAUGCCUGCUUCUUCUCCGAGGAGCAUGAAACUCGUUUCCAGAACCCUGGGGAUGCCAGACUGGGUAUCUCCCCCAGUCCCCCUGGAGGCGUCCCCUCACUGCCCCGGUCCCAGCGGGAUGACCUUUCUUUGCAUUCAGAGGAGGGGCCAGGCCUGGAACCUGUGAGCCGCCCAGUGGACUAUGGCUUUGUUUCUGCUCUGGUUUUCUUGGUGAGCGGAAUCCUCCUGGUUGUGACAGCAUACGCCAUUCCCCGAGAGGCCCGCGUCAACCCUGACACAGUAACAGCGAGGGAGAUGGAACGCCUGGAGAUGUACUAUGCCCGGUUGGGCUCACAUCUGGACAAGUGCAUCAUUGCAGGCCUGGGGCUGCUCACAGUCGGGGGCAUGCUCCUGUCUGUGCUGCUCAUGGUCUCUCUGUGCAAGGGUGAGCUGUACCGCAGACAGACCUUCAUCCCUGGUAGGGGAUCCAGGAAGACCUACGGCUCCAUCAACCUGCGUAUGAGGCAGCUUACUGGGGAUGGGGGCCAGGUCCUAGUGGAAAAUGAGGUUGUCCAAGUCUCAGAGACCAGCUGUACCACCCAGGGCUCUUAAGUAAGAGUCCACUCUAUCUUGCUGUUUUAGCUGCAGAGCUUGGAGGGCCCCCAAACCUGGGCCUUCAAAGUGAAAUCCACAGAGAGCGCUGUGGAGGGAGUUUUGGUGCUGGGGUGGGGGCAGCCUGAGGCCUGGCUUAGGCCUUACUCAGGCAAGCACUGCUGAUGUGUUUGCAGCUUGAAGUUUUUGCAUAAGGCUUUGUUUGAGGAUGGCUUCUGCUGCUAAAAAUACAUUUUGGA